AACAAAUCGUCGCGGCGCAACGAGCAAAAUGGAUUUUGAACCUCCAGGGAGGUAAACCAAGAUCGAAGCCGCCAUGGAUCGCCUCCUCAAGCAAGCAAGAUCCUCCGGAUCUCUCAAUCUUUCUAAUCGUUCCCUUAGGGAGGUGCCUAAUGAAGUUUAUAAAAACUUGGAAGUAGUCGGCGAGGAUGAAAAAUGGUGGGAGGGGGUGGAGUUGCAAAAGCUUAUCUUGGCUCAUAAUGAGCUAGAAGUACUACGAGAAGAUGUGAAAAACUUAACAAUGUUAUCCAUCCUGAACAUCAGUCACAAUAAAUUAUCCAGCCUUCCAGCAGCCAUAGGAGAGCUUUCCUUACUAAAAUCAUUGGAUGUGUCAUUCAACUCGCUAACCUGUAUCCCAGAAGAUAUUGGCUCUUUAACUUCAUUAGUAAAGCUUGAUUGCUCGAAUAAUCUUCUGAAUGAACUGCCUCACAGCCUUGGCAAUUGCAUUGAUUUAAUGGAACUCAAGGCAACAAACAACUCCAUAGCCAAACUUCCAGACGAACUUGCCAAAUGUUUGAAGUUAAUUAAAGUGGAUAUCGAGGGAAAUAAACUAACAAUAAUACCAGAAAACAUAUUGAGGUGUUGGACCAUACUUACAGAGUUUAAUGCCGCAAAAAAUCUUCUAACAACAUUUCCUGAUAGCAUUGGGGUUCUCACAAAAUUGAUACGUCUUGACUUCCAUCAAAACAAAAUUUUGUUGAUUCCAUCAUCAAUUAUGGGAUGCUGCUCAUUAGCUGAGUUUUAUAUGGGAACCAAUAUGCUUUCAUCACUACCCGAGGAGUUGGGUGCACUUUCUCGUUUGGGAACUCUGGACCUUCAUUCAAAUCAGUUGAAGGAGUUUCCUGUGGAAGCCUGCAAAUUACAACUUUCGGUUCUAGAUCUGUCCAAUAAUUCAUUAUCCAGCUUGCCACCAGAGAUUGGUAACAUGACUUCCCUGAGAAAACUCCUGCUUAAUGGAAACCCAAUUCGAACAAUUCGAAGUUCCUUGGUUUCUGGACCUACAUUGGCAUUAUUGAAGUACUUGCGAAGUCGACUUUCUUCUACUGCAGAAGCACCUGGAUCAAGCAGCAGUCCCAUAAAAGUUGAUGUAAUUGCUAAGGCAACUAGGUUGUCUCUGUCAUCAAAGGAACUAUCUUUAAGUGGACUAGGUUUGACCACUGUCCCAUCUACUGUCUGGGAGACGGAUGAGGUGGUGAAAGUUGAUCUUUCAAGAAAUUCAAUCACUGAGCUACCUAAUGAAAUGACGACUUGUUCCUCACUUCAGGUGCUGAUUUUGUCCGGGAACAAAAUAACACAAUGGCCUGGUGUGAUAUUAUCAUCCCUACCCAGUCUUUCUUCUUUGAAGCUGGAUAAUAAUCCUCUGUCGAAGGUAAAGUGCAUCUGGAUGCUAUUUUUAUAUGGACAAAAUCAUGUAGGAAUGAUGGGUUUGCAGUGGUAUAGAGGCAUCACCAGUGAUGUAGUCCUCUUUCCCUCUCCUGCAAAUAAACAUCCUUAUCAAUUGAGACCAUUAAGAAUGAAGUUAUCUCAUAUUCCCCCGAGUAUUCUGAGCUUACAACAGCUAAGGGUUCUUGAUUUAAGCCAGAAUUUGCUUGUCUCGCUACCGGAGGACGUUAGGAACCUGACAUGUCUUCAAGAGCUUAACCUGUCAAACAACAACAUCGCUGCACUUCCUUCUGAAUUGGGUUUGCUAGAUCCUCAUCUCCAGGUCUUGAAACUUGAUGGCAACCCCUUGAGAAGCAUCAGGCGCCCAGUUCUUGAUAGAGGAACGAAAGCUAUUCUCAAGUAUCUGAAGGACAAACUUCCAGAGCAAUAGUGUAAUGUCUUGUUAAAUUAAUAUUAUUUUUUAUGCUAUAGGCAGGCUGGUUAAAUUUCAUUAACUCACUCGUUUGUGUAAACACGAAAUGCAGCCUUUACUCUUCAGAUUGAUAGCUUUCUGCAACCUUUUAUUAGUGUUAAACAACUUAUUUAUUUAGGAGAAAUGGCUUUUCACCCAUUAAA